ACAGCGUUCCGACCAUGUGGAUGGCGUCGCACUGACUUCGUAGGGGAGUUGAUGGGCUUGUUGUAGAUUACAUUUUUCGGACAGAAUGAACUUAAUGUUUCUUGGCAGUAAUAUUAUAGUGUGUGAAGGGUUAGUGUUACUUUUUUGACCCGAUUCACAAACUGUAAGUCUCGCUGAAUAAUGGGGAAAUCAAAGACCAAGAACCAGAAGAAAUCUCGAGCAACAGCCAACCAUGUGGCCGAGGAAACGUACGGAGCGGUGCCCCACUCCUUCGUGUUUAAUCGCGGCCAGGUUGGCAAAAACGUGGGUCAGCUCAUCCUGGAUGUACGGACAGUCAUGGAGCCCUACACUGCAGAGGCCCUCAAGGUCAGGAAAAAGAACGUGUUGAAAGACUUUGUGGCAAUCGCGGGACCACUGGGAGUGACACACUUCAUGAUCUUCAGCAAGACACCCAGUAGUAUCAACAUGAGACUUGCUCGACUCCCUAAAGGCCCCAUGCUUCAUUUCAAAGUGCUCAAGUACACUCUUGUCAAAGACGUGGUUUCGUCGCUGAAGAAGCAUCGGAUGCACGAGCAGCAGUUCACACGUCAUCCGCUACUCAUCCUCAAUAACUUUGGAUCUGAUGGCAUGCAGGUCAAACUAAUGGCCACCAUGUUUCAAAACAUGUUUCCCUCCAUAAAUGUGCACAAGGUAAGCCUCAACAACAUAAAGAGGUGUGUGCUGCUGAAUUACAACCCAACAUCGCAGGAAAUAGAAUUUCGACAUUACAGCCUGAAGGUGGUCCCUGUGGGCAUGAGCAAAGGAGUCAAGAAGCUGAUGCAGGAGAGGUUCCCCAACAUGAGCAAGUUCGAGGAUAUCAGUGAGCUGCUGAUGAAGGGGGCAAACCUCUCAGAAAGUGAAGCAGAACAAGACGGGGAGCACAACAUAACUGAGCUGCCUCAGGUCUACUCUGGCCGAGGGAACAUGGCGUCUCAACAGAGUGCUGUCCGCUUGACCGAGAUCGGUCCUCGCAUGACUCUGCAGCUGACGAAGAUACAAGAAGGCAUGGGAGAGGGGAAUGUCCUCUACCACGCUAUCACCUCCAAGACAGAGGAGGAAAUCCAGGCAAUACUGAAGAGAAAGGAGGCCCAGCUGAAAGAGAAGGAGGAUCGCCGGAAAAAACAGGAGCAGAAUGUCUCUCAGAAGAAAGAUAAACGAGAAGAGAACAAGAAAAAGAGCCUGGAAGGUAUCAAGAAGAAGCGUGAGGCUGAAGAGGAGGACAGUGAAGUGGAGGAUCCAGGACUGCAAGACGAUCAGCCAAAUGCAGCUGAAUCUGAUGAUGAAGCAGAGUACUACAGACAGGCUGUAGGAGAGGAGCCAGACGAAGAUAUGUUCCCUGGGGCCAAGAGGAGACGAGGCCCAGCAAAGUCUCAUGCACCUGCCAAGAAGAGGAAAAUGUCCCCUGGUAAACCAUCAAGAGAAGACAAAUAUUCUAAAUCACCAAGAAGAGACAACAUGGGAAAAGAUCAACAAAGAAAAGGAUGGAAGAAGUCCGGGGACAGGGACAAACCAUUUGGAAAGAAAAUGAAUCCCAGAGGCAAAGCAUUUGGGGGAAAGAAGCCCGGUGAUCGGGAAAAUAAAUUUGGGAAGAAGAAAUUUGAAGGGAAAACGUUUGGUGGAAAGAAAAAUAAAGACUUCAGAUCAAAGGGUCAGAAAGGCAAGCCAAGCUUCAAAAAGAAAGGUGCAGGAGCAAAGCAAAGCUUCAAACAGAGGAAGGGAAAAGCUUCAGCUGAAAGCAAGAUGAAUUUCAGUGAUUGUGAGAACUUUCAAAUCGCCCUGCUGCCCUCAAUGUAUGGGGUCGAGUUCAUUGUGGCCCUGGCAGGAAACCUGUUUGCCCUGUGGUUGCUGAUGACCAGAGAAAGGAGGAACUGGCACACUGGUGUUGUGCUGUCUUGUAACCUGGCCAUCAGUGACCUGCUGUAUGUCCUGACGUUGCCUUUGCUGAUUGUCUACUACGCAAAGCAGAAAGACUGGUCGUUUGGCAAUGCUGCGUGUAAAACUGAGAGGUUCCUCUUCACCUGCAACCUAUAUGCGAGCAUCUUCUUCGUCAUGGCGAUAAGUGUGAACCGCUGUGUGGCCCUGGCGUGGCCCCUCUUCACCCGAAGCUACGUGGAGCCUGCCCACGCCAAGGCCGCCAGUGUCAUCAUCUGGAUCAUUGUAGGAGUCAUUUCCUGCCCUGUGUUGAAGUUUGCCCAAGUUUGCACAGAAAAAACAAAUUCUGGAAAUGGAACCAAAAACAACAAGACUAUGUGUAUGUCAUAUUGUCCUCGCGACGCAAUCCCUAACUUCACUUACAACAUGUUUCUGGCUAUAUUUGGUUGUCUAGUUCCCUUCUUGGUUACUUUCACUUCUUACUGUGUAGUGAUUUGGGUGGUGUGGAAAAAUGUCAGUAUAACCCCACUAGAGAAACGCAAAGUAGCCUUGUUAGUUAUAUCAGUCAUUGUGCUGUAUGCUGUUUCCUUUGUGCCUUACCACAUCUUUCAUAUCUACAAAUUGUAUCUGAGAAUCUAUCACAAAGAAGUCUGUUGGGUCUACGAAAUGUACCAAGUGUCCAAGGGACUGGCAACUCUGAACAUGUGUAUCCAUCCAAUCCUUUACAUGGCUGUGUUUGACAGUAUUAGAGUAGCUUGUUGUGGGAAGAGUCCUAGGAGCAACAGGGGAGAAGUUGCGAGAGAGUAGAAAUUUCUGUGAAAUAAGACACUGUUUCAUGCUGUAAAAUUUAAACAAAUAUAAUCCUAACAGAUUAAUUUUCUCUUACUCUUAUUUCUUGACUUGCUUCUUUUAUAAGUUUUGUUUGGUAGCUAUUAUUAACUUUGAAA